AUGGUGAAAGUGAGAGGCCCUUUUGUUGCGAGGUUUUGGUUUGGUGUUGGAGGAGGGAUUUUGUUGUCGGCCAUUGUUAUUGGGCUUAGAGGAACACUGAAAGCUAUGCAGAGCUCGUCGACCAUCUUCUUCUCUGGUGCUGUUCCUGUACGUGUGAGAUCGGUUUUGACUCCAGCCACCGAUCGAGCUUCCAUGGCGACUUCAUCUGGUCCUAAGUGGGCUCAGAAAACCGUCACGCUUCCUCCGCUACCCCGUGGAUGUCAUCUUAUCACUCCUAAGAUUGUGAAGGAAAUUGGGCAAGACUUGAGGGACUUCAAUUGUGGUCUAGCUCAUGUCUUCUUACAACACACAAGUGCGUCUCUCACAAUCAAUGAGAAUUAUGAUCCAGAUGUUCAGGCUGAUACUGAGACUUUCUUGAACAGGAUUGUUCCUGAGGGGAAUUCUGCGCCUUGGAGACAUACCAUGGAAGGUCCAGAUGACAUGCCGGCUCAUAUCAAAUCAUCAAUGUUUGGAUGUCAACUCACAAUCCCAAUAACGAAAGGAAAACUUAACAUGGGAACUUGGCAGGGAAUAUGGCUAUGUGAACACCGUGAUGCUCCAACAGCACGCAGAGUUGUUGUCACUCUCAAUGGAAUCUAG